CCCAUUUUUCAGCGACGUGCGAGGCGCCCCUCGACCCACGCGCCGCGUCGCAGGGGGAGGGCGAGCAACCAUGCAUCUCCCGUGUUCCUCCCCCGCCGCCUCCUCCUCCUCCUUCUCCGCCGGCCGAUCUAUCGAUCUUCCUCUUUCUUCUGUCCCCCCGGUGCAUCUGCACCUGGCCUGCCUCCUCCCCCGUCAUUCGUGUUCCGCCACUCUCUCUGUCUCUCCCUGUCUCUCCCCCUGCAGCCGUCGUCAUCAGGCGUCCUUGCCCACUGGUGCCGUGCACCGCCAAAGGCACACUCGCGGUUCCUGGCUUCUGCGAUUGAUUGAUCUUGCUGUUGCGGCAGAGGUCCCCCUGCCCCCGCCGCCCGUUCCACCAUGUCUUUGGGUCAGGCCCUGGCCAUUCGGACUUCCAAGUAUACGGAGUUCAUCUCCUGCUUGAUGGCGUGCAUCGAGCGGCACCGGGAUGCGUUUGUAAGCGGCUCGGCGGCCCUCUUCCUGCCAAGUGACGAGCUCAUUUUCCUGCAGCAGAUGUUCAUUGUCUUCGAUCUCAUCCGCCCGUGUGCCUAUGACAAUGAGACCCUCAUCCCCGACUAUGAGGCCGCCAAGCCUCUUCUCAACCCGCGAAUUAGGGAGGGCGGGGCAAUCGUCGAGUUCUUCCAGCUCUUCUCGCGCCUCUAUCAGGUUCGAAUCUCUUCGAUGAAUGGACUUCUCUCCCGGCCUUCCUCGAUCAAUCUCCUCCUUUUCCCGAACCUAGCACACCUGGAAAUUAGACAGAUCUCCCCGGUAGCUCUGCGCGAGUUGGACUCCUAUCGUAGUGCUCUCGUGUCGCUCUCCUGCCAGGAGAGCCUUUCAGCGAUCUGUGAAUUGCUGAUUGUGCCCAUCCUCGGCGAGCAGGCCCUCCAGGAGGACCCGUCAACCGGGAAUGCGGGGCCAUCGCAAAAGGGCACCACAAAUCCGGCGAAGGGCUCGCGCUUCCGGAAGUCCACCUCACGCGUCGCCGGUGACUCCAUCGGAUCAGGGGGCGCUCCGGUUCCUCGGCAUGGGGGGCGCUUUGCCACAAUCCCGACGAAUGAGGAUGGCACCCCGGCCGCGGUGCCGGCCAAUGUGCAGCCUCCCCGGCGACGAGCCCUCUGGCCGCAACUCCGGCGGCUGGAUCUCUCGCGCAAUGCCAUCCGAGCCAUCGACCCGGCGCACCUCUUUGCCGAGCAUGUGCCGCAAUUGGAGUUCCUGUCAUUGGCAUUCAACCGGCUGACCCGAGUGGAGCACUUGUCCGGGCUGCCGCGGCUGUCGAUGUUGGACCUGUCACACAAUCGCCUUGAGCGCUUGGGGAACCUGCGUUUGCACCUGGGGAAUGUGACGCACUUGUCGCUGCGUCACAAUUGCCUGUCGUCCCUUCGAGGUCUGGAGCGUCUGUAUCAGCUGGAGGAGCUGGAUGUGCGAUUCAACUGCCUUUGGGAUUCGGAGGGUGAUUUCCGUCUGCUAGCCGGCUUGCCAUUGCUGGAGCGUGUCCACUUGGCCGGCAACCCGCUGUGCUUGGUGGAGGGCUACCGGGCCAAGCUCUUCGCGUGUCUCGGCCCCGGCCGUGCGGAGGACCUGGUGCUCGAUGGCCGGCGAUUGGAAUGGGACGAGCGCAUUGUGGUCGAAGCACACUGGGCCCAGGGGUCCGAAACGUCGGCCAUCCGCGCCACCAGCCGGUCGCUGCCGGCCGUGGUGGAUGACCGCACUGCGUUGGAGGCCGCAGCCAAGGUGGCCGCGGCCGCGGCCGGCAGUGAUCGCCUGCUGGAAACCCUUGGCGAUGGCGAGGAUGACGUUGGCCUGGGACUGCGACUGUCUCUCCACGGGGGCGAGGGUAUUGGCAGCAUGGCCGCCGUGGCGGCAGCUGCCGGGUCCGGCAACACCAGUGGCGACCUUGCCCGGCAGUACUUGGCGACGGCCCUGUCAGCGACAUACUCGGCGCCGGGGCUCCCUUCACCGAAUGAGACCUCCGGAAUGGCCGCAACCAUGAUGUCGGCCACGGCUCCGCUCAGCACGAACCCCAUGCUGACGCCGAUCGCCGAGGCAGAUUGCGCGGUGUACAGCAGCACCCCGCCGGGCCCCAUGGGUCUCGGGGCAGUCGAGCUGGUUGGAGCGACCGCCGUGGCUGCAGGUGCGGCGGCGGCGGCGGCGGCGGCGGCGGCUGCGGCGGCGGCUGCCAGCCCGACUACCGGUCGAACCUGGCGUCGACCCUCGGAUGCGGUGGAUCCCGCGGUUCCCGGUGCCAUCGGUCGCACCAGUUUCCGGACGUCAACCGCCGUGCCGGCAUCUCCGUCGACACCGCGCCUGCGCCGGCCACGAAAGCCAGUGAGCAUUGUCAUUGAGGACUCGCCCCUUGAGUCACUACGCUCUCCUGGUCUGCCGCGACCUGGCCAGCUGCUGGCGGAUGCUCGCACCGAGAAUGACCUCUCGGCCGGGGCAUUGGCCGUGUCGCAGGUGUUGCCGGCCGAGGAGCCGGAGAUGCCGGGCCCUGGUGACCUGCCGGAGAGCCCGGUCGGUCCUCUCCCUGCUGGCGGGGAAGCAACUUCCAAGACAUCAGUCCCGGUGCGAAAUAGCCUCGUUGGCAGUGUGGCCACCGGGCACUUGGAAAAGAUGCUGGCCCUACGGCAGCAGGUGGGCGACAAUUGGCUGGAGGCAUACCGGAAUAUGUCGCGCGCGCCUCGUCUCGAGGAGUCCCUGUUGGAUGUGGAGCAUCGGGCGCAGCUUCUGGAGGAGCAGCCGCAUCUGGCCUUGCAGCUUUCAUCCUUUGGAUCUCUGGGAAUCGAUGCCUUUUCAUAUGGUCCAGCUGGCCAGCUUGGAUCCGGGUCGGGCGAAGCCAUUCAACCCCAUGAGUUCAUGCCGGUGGCUCCUGCUUCCUCUGGGCGGUAUCUGGACCCGGAGGCCGAGCCGGCGGACGCCAGCUCGACGCCGGUCUCGGUGACAGCACCCGACUCGCCGUCGGUGGCCGCGAUGUCGUCGGUGUCGGAGGGCCCGGAAGUUGCCGCCAAUCUGGCGGUGGCUGCUGGCAAUGUGUCGCCCGGGGGGCUGUCGAGCUCGGCCACCACCGAAGACCUCGGUUCCUCGGGCAAGCCGCUGGAGGACUCCUCCCCGGCGGCGGAGGUGGAUGCCUGGGCGCUGGACUCGGGCCCCUCGUUGGUGGAUGAGGCGCUGGAUGAUACGAUCCCCAUGGCGAGUGGUCCGCCGGGGACGGCGGCUCAGUGCAUGCUGUGCUCGCGUCUUUUUGCCUGGACUGAUGCCAGUCGGGUAUGCUGCCCGGUUUGUGGGAGUGGCUACUCCGAAGAACCCCCCAAUGGGGCUGGGGUCCCGGAGCCGGGUGCCUUUGGCAGGCCCUCGCAGUCGGCGCCGGCGGUUCCUCCGCCGAGUGUUUCGGCCCGCCUUAGGGCCCAUGCCUCUGCCAUUGACUUUGUCAUGGAUGACGCUCUUCAGCUCCAGCUGGAAACCGGGCUCCUCGAUGACAGCGAGUCGAUCAAGUACUUCUUUGCUUCGGGUGUCCUUUUCCCGGUGGAAACUACCUCUUCCUUCGCGGCUCUCGGUGCGCUGGCUCAGUCGGCAAUGACCAUGUCUUCGGCAUCGACGGCGGCGUCGCUGGCUGCAUCGGUUGCGCCUCGGCGCAGCCCGCGCUACAUUGCGUGCCUUUUCAGCCAGGCAGCCUUGUACAUUCAACCCUUGGGGCUCUUCCGGAAGCCGGAAGCCGAGGCGGUCGAUGGGUCGGUGCCAGGAUCGCCCAGCGGCACAACGACGACCAGCGAUUCGGUCUCGGGGUCUGGGGCUGCAUCAUCGGCGCUGGGCCGUCCAGCAGGCUCGGGCAUGGGUGAUGCUCUGGGCGGGCACUUCUCGCAGUAUCAGGCGACGGAGUUCCUCGGAUCGGUCGGGGAUCUGAGUGCGCAUGUGGCUCGAUUCUCGCUGGAGCGCCUCCGUCGAGUGGAGGUUGGCUUCAAUUACCAGCAGCUAAUCUUGCACUUCGAGAGUGUGGAUGCUCAAAUCCGCCGAACGGGCAAUCGCACUCUUCGCCGGGAUCUUCCGGCCAUGGAAUGCGAGGAGGAGGAGCGUUUGCUUCUGUUGACGCGGGAUGCGCUCUUGACGUCAGACCUGCUGGCAUUCCUUCUGGCCCAGUCCGACGAUCCGGCAAGCCUCCUGGAUAAUGACCGGACCUGGUGUGUGGACAAUGCCAAGCACCAGGCGUUGGCCACCUUCGAUCCGGCGCAUGCCGAUUCGUCGGACAGCUUCGUGCGGGCCUACUCCUACGCUUUUCUGGCCGGGGUGGCUGGUGGCGGCUUGAGCUCGGUUAGUCCGGAAUUCUUCCAAUCCGGCGAAAGCCAGCUUGUCUCGGUGCUCAUUUCCGAUCACUGCUUCUACCUGACACUGGAAGAUCUGGAUGUGUACUUUGACAACCGGAAGAUCAAUCGCCGCGCCCAGUUCCGGCCCCUGUCGGCCCGGUUGUUGGUGAACCUGGACUCCAUGGAGACUUGGGAGCCGCGCCUGAACGAGGGCCGCCUGUAUUAUGUGCGAAUGGUCUUCAGUGAUGACUCGACCGAGCAAUUGGAUGUGCCAGAGGCGCUGGCGGAGUUCGAAAGUUUGAACUCGCCACUGCCUGGUCGGCCGUCUGUUUUCCAAGUCUUCGCGCGCAAGAAGAAUCCCCCUCGGGGGCUGAGCUCGUCCAGUGGCCUGGCCUCGCCCGGCGCUGGAAGCAUGCGCAACUCCGGAUCGGAUGAGUCUCUCUUCCCUGGCGGCGGGACUGGCAAUACUGUGUUCGACUUGGUUUUUACAUCUCACACGGCACGCGAGAACUUCAUCCAGACUGUCUCCAAGGUAUGGACCAACCUCACCAUGGUUCCCUUGGACAUUUUCAGAUCCUGAGGCAGAUCACCAUGCACGUUGGAGUGCUUGCCCUUUGCCCUUCCCUUGAGAUGGCAUUGCAACGAAUAUAGACCUUGCCCACA